AUGUUCGUGGGGGCUGGGGUGGACUGCCAGAGAGGGAAGCUGGCGGAGGCGAUGGAGGUCUUGGCCAUGAUGGAGGGGAGGGAGUACCAGCAGAAGUUCUGUCGCCCCCGCUUCCGUUCGUACCAGCCGGUCAUCUGCGAGCUUUUGCGGAGGGGGGAGAUGGACGGGGUGAUGCAGCUGUGGCAGCACAUGAAGUGGCACAGUAUCCGCCCCAAGGAGUCUUUCUUGCUGGACCUCAUCGAGGGGAUCGCGAACAACCACCACGCCUCGUCCAGAAACUCCCUCACGCAGCUCGCGGACCACCUUCUGGACGGAAUGUCAAAGACCCUCAUCUACCCCUCCGCACCCACAGUCAAGGCUCUCGUUGAGGGGUGGAACGCGAAGUGGACGGACGUGUCGGAGCAGGGAACAUGCACCACAUGCGGCGAGAUGCUCCAGGGCACGAGGCUCACCCCGGAAGACCGAGCGAGGAUGAGGAGCUCGAUCGUGCACAUCGCCGCGCAGAACGGGGCUAGAGCGGUCCAGCGGCUAAGCUGGUUCGCCAAUUGGUUCUGUUCUCUGGAAGACCCUCCGACGGCCAUCAUCGACGGCCCCAACGUCGGCUUCAUGAACCAGAACUUCAAGGGAGGCGGGUUAUCGUUCACCCAGGCAAGAUCCUCUCAGUCUCGGGCAGCUUGUUAUUUAAUUAGUCGGGUCGACUGGCUAGCAGAACACCUGAACUCCAAGGGAGAGCGUGUCCUCAUCACGAUGCCAUGGUACUAUUGUAAGGCCGACAAUAUCCCGAUGAGGGCGGGCCGGAGAGAAUCGUAA